AUGAGCUUCUUCACGGCCUUGAUUGGCUUCUUGGCCCCCCUCAUGAUCGCACUGUCGCCGGUGCUGUCCUACGGCGACCAGGCUCUCGCCAUGCACCGCAGCAAGUCGAGUUCCGGCUUCUCGCUUGACAUUCCGCUGAUCAUGCUCAUCGCUUCCUUUCUGCGCAUCUUUUACUGGCCCGGCGCGCGAUACGACACGAGUCUACUUGUCCAGUCCGUCAUCAUGGUCGGCAUGCAGCUGGCGCUGCUCAAAAUCGCCCUCGACAACCGCCCCAGCCCGUCGUCCAAAGGUGGCGAGUCCAGUCAGCCCUUUAACGGCAUGCAGGCCAACGAAAAGGGUUUCGUCGAGGCCAUUAUAAACUUUGAGCGACCGUACAGCUUCUGGCAGUGGAAGGCUGACAAGCCGUUCUGGCAAUUUCUCAUGUACUUUGUUCUCGCCCUCUGCGUCCUCCAGCUCCUCUUCGCGCCGAUCCACUCUUUCUACGGCUUCUACUCCGAGAUGCUGGGUAUCGUAGGUCUCUCUGUUGAGGCCACCCUUCCGCUACCGCAAAUCGUCGCCAACAUCCAGACCCGCGCCUGCAAGGGCUUCCGCAUAUCCGUCCUCGCCAGCUGGCUCAUCGGUGACGCCAUGAAGAUGAUUUGGUUCUUCACAUCGACAUCGGAGAUUCCCUGGAUCUUCAAAGUCUGCGGUGUCUUCCAGGCCAGCUGCGACUGCCUUCUCGGCCUGCAAUACUUUUUUUUCGAGACCCAGGCCGGCGCCCAGCUGCUCCAGUCAACCCCGUUCGGCAACAGCAGCAGCAGUCCCCACGGUGUCCAAUACCACCAGAUGCAGCAGAUGCAGGAAACUGGCUGGGACAACCACCCCCACCACCAGCCCGAAUACAGACCCUCCAUGCAUGCGCCCUCGAGAAGCCUCACCCCUACGAGACGGCCUGCGCCUUUUAGCGAUGACGAUGCGGAAUAG